CUCCAACAUCUGUUCUGGAUACCCAUGAGUUUAGCUUUUCUGCAUUGCCAGCUUCCCAUUGUAUCUCUACCUGACGUAUCCUCUUCAUCCUCUUCUCCUUAGACCACUAUGGCACCCCCAGCUGCUUUCAGUGACAUUGCCAAGGCUGCAAAUGAUCUCCUGAACAAGGAUUUCUACCAUACCUGUCCCGCCAACCUCGAGGUUAAGUCCAAGGCCCCCAAUGGUGUUACAUUCAACGUCAAGGGAAAAUCGGUCUCCGAAGGUCCUAUCAAUGGCGCCCUUGAAGCCAAAUAUGUCGACGCGCCAACUGGCCUCACCUUGACCCAGACUUGGAACACCGCCAACGCCCUCGACACCAAGCUCGAGCUUGACAACAAAAUCAUGACUGGCCUCAAGGCUGAAGUCCUGACCCAGUACCUGCCGAAUUCCCAGUCCAAGGGCGUGAAAUUGAAUCUCUACUUCAAGCAGCCAAGCUUCCAUGCCCGUGCCUUCUUUGAUCUCCUCAAGGGCCCCUCUGCCAGCUUCGAUGCCGUCCUUGGCCAUGAAGGCUUUCUAGUCGGUGCCGAGGGAGGCUACGACGUCCAGAAGGCUGCCAUCACCAAGUACUCAGCUGCCAUCGCCUACUGCGUUCCCGAAUACUCGGCAGCUGUCACCGCCCAAAACAACCUCUCCCUCUUCUCCGCCAGCUACUACCAUCGCGUCAGCCCCCAAGUCGAGGCCUGUGCCAAGGCCACCUGGGACUCCAAGGCUGGUAACUCUGUUGGCUUGGAAGUUGCCAGCAAGUAUCGACUUGACCCCUCCUCCUUUGCCAAGGUCAAGGUGAAUGACCGUGGUAUCGCGGCAUUGGCUUACAAUGUCCUCCUCCGCCCGGGCGUGACCCUGGGCCUCGGCGCCAGCAUGGACACCCAGAAGCUGAGCCAAACGGCGCACAAGGUUGGCGCUAGUUUCACCUUUGAAGCAUAGAGAAGGGAACGAAGGAAAUGACGAAAGUGACUUAAAGAGAUAAAUGCGAAUCAAAGAAAAGAAAGAAUUGAAAGAAUCCUUAAGUUUUGUAUUCUAUACAUACCCAUAUGUAACCAAAGAAUUUUUGCAACGGUUCCAGGUUUUCUUUUCCUUUUGGCUGAGGCUCCUUCCACCCCUCGACUUUUUCUAUUUACUUGUGUAUCUGUCGUGUCCUUUUCGAAGUGGCGUCAGAUUGAUGAUUCCCUGGUGCUUUUCUCAUCUUCUAACUGGGAAUUACUACCAUGUCUAUAUCAAUUGACUUCUUUCGGCCGUCUCCUCUGUUUUCUUUCCUGCGUUCAGUAUGCCCUCUUCUCCGCCCUUUUCUUAUUCGAUGGGUAAUGAGUGAGAGGCAUGGCGCGUACGGUUGGAACCUGGUUCAAAAUUUCUGAACAUGGCUUCGAUUCUUACGAAGAUUGUUGAGACAGCGCUGAACCUUUAAGUUGAGCUUUGGAGCCGUGGUCAACAUGUGUAUAUGUACCGUACAUGGUAAAAUGCUUAGUGAAAGGAAAUGUGCUGAUUUAAGUUUCGAUUCAACUUCC